CCGCCUGGCCGGAAGCGCCGGCGGGGGCGGGUGUUUCCGGUUCCGGGUUGGCGGCGGCGGCCGAGGGAGGGGGGGGGCGCUGGGGCCGCGGCGGUUUGUAAACUUGUCGGUGCGGCGGGCGGCGCGGAGCGGAGCGCGGAGGGGCCGCGGCAGGCUCCCGCCGGGCAGGCGACGACCGGCGGCAGCUCCCCGCGCGGCGCAGCGCGGCUCGGCGCGGCGCCCGGCCCGGAGCGGGGCUGGGCAUGUCUCCGCUGUGAGCGCGGCGCCGGCAGCCCCGGCCUGCCCAGCCCCGCGGCCCCGGAGGACCCGCCUCGACGCACCGCGGCACCGGGCUCCCCGAUCCCCGAAAGAUGUCGGCAAAGUGGAGGGUACUGGACAAGACCAGCAAAAAAAUGAUUAACUGAAACAGUCUUUCUAACCGUAAAAUUCUUUCCUGGGAGAGAAUUAAGGCUAAAGAAUUGUUACAAUCCGUUUGUUGAGGACAGACAGACCCAAGAUGGCUCAGGCGAGCCUCCUGGCCUGCGAGGGCCUCUCGGGCGUGUGCCUCGUGCCCACGGUGGCCAGCAAGAAGAUGAUGCCAAAACAGAGCUCUAAGCAGGCAGAGAACGGGGAGAGAGGAAGCAGCCCGGACGUGCUGGGUCUCCGUCCGGACGGCGAGAAGUCUCGCGGCCGCAAAGAGGAGGAGACGGCCGAAGCUUCGCAGCCCAAAAAGUCCCUUAAAAAGCGUCGCGAGCGGGUGGCCGGCGCCGAAGGACAGAGCCGCUCCUCGCUGAGAGGAUCUCGACUCGACAGCCAGGUGGUGGUGAUCGAACAGAACGGCUCCUUCCAGCUGAGGAUCCCCAAAAACUUCAUUUGCGAGCACUGCUACGGGGCCUUCCGCAGCAGCUACCACCUCAAGAGACACAUCCUCAUCCACACGGGUGAGAAGCCCUUCGAGUGCGACGUGUGCGACAUGCGCUUCAUCCAGAAGUACCACCUGGAGCGCCACAAGCGCGUGCACAGCGGGGAGAAACCCUACCAGUGCGAGCGCUGCAUGCAGAGCUUCUCCAGGACAGACAGGCUGCUGAGACACAAACGAAUGUGCCAAGGUUGCCAAACCAAAACCCCCGACUCGCAGCUGCUGCUCUAGGAGCCGAGAUGACCCCCUGCAAGAGCCGGGACGCGGACGGGAUCUCUGGGUUUUCCUCCGUCUGGCUUUGCCUGCUCCGGCUCCCCGCUGCGGAGUGGGGAGGGGAGAGCAGGCCGCUCUCCUAGACUUUCAGAUGAGGUCCUGACACUGUACAUAAGCUGAAGAUGAUCUGGAAUCUUUUCCCAACCAGCAGAAGCCACAGGCAGCUGUGUAUAAACCUUCCUUUUGUUUUCCCCCUUUGUUUUGAAGUACCACCAUUUGCCUCUCAGGAAAGGCUUUGAGCAACAAGCAGGCCUAAACAGAACAAAGUAGCGACACUUGCCUCAAACCCUUACCGCUUCCUUUCGGCCGAUGGACGGGUGCACGCAGACACUAGGCGCUCAGGUAGGAAGUCUAGCGGGGAGGAACCUUCUUUAACCCCUUUUUCCAAGAAAAGAGAGAGAGCGACAGUUCAAAAGGGCUGUGGAGGCUUUUGAUUCAGGUAUGAAAGGCAGGGGCCCGUCUCGGCUGCACGCUGUCGCUCUGAGGUCUGCAGCUCUUUCAUUUCGAGUCUCUUUCUGUUUUUCUGUGCUUGUUCGUGGCUGUUCGCUUCUCUUGCCCCCACCCCCCGCGCCACCUCCGAAGAGCGAGCAGAGGUAGCGGGGAAGAGGCGGCAGGGCUGGGGGGAGCCGUGCGGUACACGGGCGGGCGGCGAGGUGGAGCCUCAGCAAAAAAACGGGGGCCGGCUCGGGCCGAGGGCUGCCGCAGCCCCGAGGCAUCGCCCCACGGCAUCCGCGCGGGGCCGGCGCGAGGCCUCCAGGCCGUCAGCCGGGGGCCGGAGCAGGGCGCGAGGCCCCUGUGCUGCGCGGGGCGGCCAGGCCGGCUCAGGGAGGGCAGCGCAAGGCCGCGAUUUGGCCUUUUGCAAGUGAAACCGAGCCCCGGGGUCUGGGAUCAGCCAGCGGGGCGGGAGCGGAGGGCCAGGGCUGUGCGGCGUGUCCCGGAGGCGGCGAGGCUCUCGCAGGUUUUGCUGAGCUAAUUCGGCACCCGCUGCCUUGGCGAGGGAAGGAGCCUCGGCCGAAACGGCCCGGGCAGCCCCUGCGGCUCGCGAGCGGGUGAGUAGAGGGGGCGAGGGAGCUGCUGGAUUCCCUUCGCCGAAGGAGCCCCCGAGCCGCGAAGGGAGCAGCAUUUGCACCACGCAGCCGCGUUCGCCGGCCCCAAGUGCCGCCGCGCAGGAGAAACCCUCGGCUCUGCCCCCGGAGGGGUCCAGCUCCCCGCGCCGGCGGCUCCUUCCAGGGCGAGCUCGGCCCUCGUGGGCUGCCGGGAGAGGAGACGCGACUCCGCCGGGAUCCCCUCUUCCCCUCUUCCCCGCGGCCUCCGCUCCGAGCGGCCGCCGGCACCGCUGCGAUGGGGAUCACCUGCGGCCCGACCCGAAACGCCGCCGCGGCCCGGCCUGGCGAGAGCGCGGCCCGUAGCCGUCCCGGUCGCAGAGCGUCUACGCCGGAGAAGAGCAGGAAUCGCUGCUGCUUGCGGGGAGCGUCCUCGGGAAGGCGUCUGUGCCCGGCCGCGACCGCCAGCCCCCGCCGCAAACGGGCCGUUUGGCACCUGCGAAUUGAGGAAUUGCUGGUUCUUGGCAAGACGAACUCCACCGAGAGCGAAGCUCCGUCCCGGCCGCUCCCGCCUCGCCCUCUGCCUCCUCUCCCGGCCUCCAAGGAUGGAUCUGCGAGCAAGUUUUCGGAGAAGAUGAAGGUCAGCCUCCCCCUGUGCCAGCACACCGAGGGCACGGGCUCAGCCCGGACGCUGCCGCCCCGCCGCCCGCGUCGGCCUCGGAACAGCCCCGCGGAGCUGGGACUCGAACUCGCGCCUCCCCGGGAGGAAGCACGGCCGUUGCCGCCUCCGCUCAGCGCCCCUGCGAGGGGGAGGGAGAAGAGGGGGCGAAUUCGGCUGCCGGCGCGCGCCUGCGGUCCCCGUUGCCUCCCCGCAGCCCGUCUGUCGCCGCCUUCCUCUUUUCCGCCGCGCCGGGGCCUCGGCGGCCUCCCCAUCCCGCUCCCUGCGGCACCGCUCAGCCCCGCUCCCCCUUUUCCUACGGAAUAGCCCCAUCCACGGGGGGAGCACCGGCGGCGCGGGACCCGCCGCGCUCGGGGCGAAGCGAGCCGAGACGGCAUAGCCGCCGCCAGGGAAGGGGGGGUUUUGCCCCGUUGCCUCUCGCCGCUGCUGGAAGGAGGCCGUCGCGCUCCGCCGGCGCCUCGCAGCCUCCCCUGCGCGGGGGCCGACCGCGGCCGGGCUCGAUGAGGUGCCUGGGCGGCUCCCGGCACCGCGACGAGGCCGUUUCCUGCGCGGGGCCCGGCUCGCGGCGGCGUUGCCUAACCGGAAACCUCCGCGGGCCGCUGCGAGACGGGCUCCGACCCCCCCGGCCCGGCCGCCCCACGCCGACAUUCGAGGCCGCGCUUCGGGGCCCGGCUCGCGGCGGCCGGAGGAGCCGUGUCCGCCGCACCGGUGCCGCGCGGCGCCUCGUGUCCCCGCGGGGCUGGGGGAGGCCGUGGGGCGGCGGAGGCAGAUGCGGGGGGCAGGUGAAGCCGUUGUGGGGCCUGACCCCCCCCCCGUGCGGCUGGGUGGGGACUUCCUCGGGCGCCCAACGGCCCGGGAGACGCCUUCGGCCGGCUUCUCCCCGCGCCCCGGAGCGGCGGCGGCGGCUCUCCCGCGGCCAGGAUGCUCUCGCGCCCGCCGGGCCUGGACUCGCGCCGCCGCCGCGGGCGCUUUGCCGUUUCUCCCCUCCCUCGGCCGCGUUUCCGCGCGUCGCCCCGGAGCCGCGCGGCCGUGGGAAAGGAGGGGGCCGCGGCUGACUAGGAACGGGAGCGAAACCCCGCAGCCGCCGAAAGUUUCGCCGUCUGCGCCUCCGGCGAGGGCAAAAGUGCAGCGGGAGCCGACGACGACGACGACCCCCCCGGCGCCAACGCUAGCGAGGGGGGAGCCGCGAGGAAGAGGAAGGACCGGGCCCAGCGCAGCUGUGCCAGCGCCGCGGCCGGACCGAGCCCCCCCGCGCGGCCCCGGAAAGCCCCAUGGCUUUUUUUUUUUGUCUUUUUUUUUUAAUACACUUAUUUUGCUAUGGGGGAAGGGGAGGAGGGGAGGGCGGGAGGGGGCCGGGCGCGUUCCCCAGCGGGUAACCCAGCAUCACUUUUAAACUGUAGUUUUUAUAAGACGGUAUAAACGCGUAUCUUUUUACCGGUAGCGUGGUGUCUGUUCCUUCGUGGCGUUUAGGGUAUUUAAAUAAAAGUUAUUGUUCUUCUUUUCUAA